UAUAGCAACACGCCCGUCGGUCCACAAACUAGCCACGGCGGCGCAAUUGCCACCUUCUUCGACAUCACGACCAGCAUGGCCAUUUGCGCCUGUGAUGUUCCCGGCUGGCAAUCUACUGGAGUUUCGCGCAACCUCGCCGUGACAUAUUACAAACCACCUGUCGAGGGCGAUGCGGUGAUCGUGGAGGCCGAAGUCAUGUCCAUUGGGAGGUCUGUCGCAACCGUGCGAGGUGUGCUGCGACGAGAAAGUGACGGAGCCGUUCUUGCGACCUGUCAUCAUGACCGG